AGCCGUUAACAAGAGGAGAAUAAUAUUGGUCUGCGGGCUAACCCAGAGUAGUUUUAUUUUCCUUGUCCCGACUUUAGAUUGAUCAGCGAAAGCUAGCCAGGGUUGGUAAUCAUCAAAAGUCAAGGAAGGAGGAAGAGAAUCUUGACCACACAAAUAAAAACAUUGUUUGGAAGAGAACAAAUUUCGUAAAGACACUACAUAGCAGGGAAGAAUAAACAAAACCAAAAUGAAUGAAAACACGCGAAUCAGUGACCAAUCAUCUCUGUAUGGGUCAGGCGAAAAGACACCAAUAACUGGAGAUAGGCUGGGCCAGACGCAAAAACAAGUCGAUCAGGUUGUUGAUAUUAUGCGACAAAAUAUGGACAAAGUAUUAGAGAGAGAUACAAAACUGUCUGAACUUGACAAUCGUGCGGACGCCCUUCAAGCAGGUGCGUCACAAUUUGAAACCUCUGCUGGAAGGUUAAAAAGAAAAAUGUGGUGGCAAAAUUGCAAGAUGUGGAUCAUUUUAAUCGUAGUUAUUCUUGUUAUCAUCGCAAUUAUCGUCAUUUGGGCUGUUGCUGAUAAUCAGUAGAAAGCUGCCUGUUGUUUUUCCGUGGUCAGACGUACCGUUUUGUAUUAUUAAAUGAUUCUUGCUCCCCUUUUUUGGCAUGUGUAAUUUUGUAGGAUAUUUAUUCGGGUUCUUUUUUUGUUCCUCUUUCACUGUUACAGAAAGUUUCAAAUUAUUACCGUUUUCUCCACUUCAUUCUGCUGUUAUUUUAUAGUAAUGUACACAUAUGUCAAAAAUGUUGUAAAUUAAUUUAAAAAAUUCACAAUUUGGUGUAGGUUGCCAACAUGGUAUAGAGUAUUUUUUUGCUGUCAAUCAUUUACUGUAAUUUAUAAACGUUUUUUUUGUUUGUUUGUAUGAAAUGCAUGGUGCUGUAGCUUAAUAUAUUAUCUUUGAAGCACAAAUUUCGAAUUGAAGCGAAUAAUUUGCACACAAUAAUGUGUGAAGCACUAAAAACAUUCGCAUGACAGUAGAAUUCACCAAUGUGCUGUUUAAUAAAAUACAACCAUUGAAUAUCAUUUGUAGUGUGCGUGUUUUUGUUGCUUAACACAAAUCUCCAUCCAUUUUUCAUUUACAACCAACCUACUCGAACUUACUUGCGUCUUUUUGACAGCAGAAAAUAAUUCUUAAAAGCUAUGUUUUUGAAAUAGUAGAAUUGUAGUGGGUGCAAAAUUUCUUACAAUGUUAUUGUACCCAAAAAACUUCUAACAAGCCCAAGUUAAACGCUUUUCUGCUUAAAUAGCUAGCUUGCCCAAGUGUUUUGUCUAGUCAUCCUAAAAGUGAGUUUUGAAGGUGUUGAUUUUGACGAAGCAUAAUAUUGUAAAAUGUUUAUUAUUGGGUGAUGUAGCUAUAUCUUGACAUAAAUACUGGUUAAUAAGAACAA